AUGAGCACAGAAGGCGUUUGGAAGAAGCGCUCUGUCGUCUCGUCUUUCAUUCUCAAGUACGACGAGAGUCGACACCCCCUUAUCGCGCUCUUCAAGCGCAGUGACAAGGUUUCGACUUAUCGCCACCACUUAGCGGCAAUCUCAGGCUCCAUCGACCCUUCCGACCCCUCCCCACUCUCAGCAGCCUGGCGCGAGCUCCGAGAGGAAACGACCCUUGCCUCUCCUGCUCUCUCCCUCCACCGCCGGGGCAAACCAUUCACCUUCCGUGACGACGACCUCCGUCGCGAAUGGACCGUUUAUCCAUUCCUAUUCCGCUUGAACUCCCCCGCAGCUGACGAGCAACGCAUCUGCAUCGACUGGGAGCACGAAAGUUGGGGCUGGCACGAUCCAGACGAGGCGAUCCGCAAUCUAGAGAGCAGGGCGUUGAAUGGUGUGCCUCGGUUGACGGAUAGCUUAAGGAGAGUGUGGUUUGAGUAUGAUCUGGGCCCAGUCGCGGGCAAGAUUCUUGCAGAGGGGCUGGAAAAAUUGGCAAACGAUUACGAGAGCGGGGCGAGGCAGCUUGCAGAUGCAGCGCUCCUGACUUUGAAGGGGGUGUUGCAGGCGCUGGAGGAGAGUGAUGACGUCUGGUCGAAGCUGAGAAUGGCCGCGUGGCAUUUGUGCAAGAAUGGACGGGAGAGCAUGAGCGCUGCCAUUACGAGUGUUCUGUUGACUGGUUUGGCUGCUGUAGAGUCGGCCCUGAAGGAGAGCAGGCAGGCUGCCUUGAAGGCUCUGGACGCUCAGCUCGAGGCACGCAAGGAGUCGGCUGCGAAGGUCGCUACGGCGUUUGCGGGGUUUCUUGAAAGAACGUUCCCCGAGAAGAAGGUGUCCAUUUUGACUUUGUCUGAGAGCUCGACCAUCCGCACUGGCCUUCUGAAAGCAGCCCAGUCUGGACUGACGCUCGACCUGCGCAUCCUCGAGUCGCGGCCACUGUUUGAAGGUGUCUCGCUGGCUGGUUCGCUCUCGCAGGAAUUGAAAACGGGUGAUCACAGCAUCACGCUCUACACAGAUGCAAGCGCGGCGCUGGCAGCCCGAGGAGCUGAUGUCGUAGUCAUCGGGGCUGAUCGCAUCGCUUCGUCAGGGGCAGUCAGCAACAAGACUGGCACGCUGCCAACCCUCCUAAGCGCGAAGCACAUCUCCCCUGGCGUCAAGACUGUCAUGCUGGGCGAAUCCGACAAGGUGGCGCCAGGCAAGCCCGAAGAGCACGUCGUCGAGAACAACGACCCCGAGCAGCUUCGACGGGCAUGGCGACACGAGUACAACAGCGCGAGAGUUUGUUCUGGAGCCAACCUAGACUUCAGAAUCCACAACGUCUUUUUCGAAUGGGCGCCAGCCGACCUUGUCGAUGUUUACAUCACGGAGCGUGGCGAAUGGACGGUGCACGACAUCGCACAGCACGCAGACAGGCUGUUGGAGGAGGAAACGCGAUUCUUUGGGGACUUGUGA